UUAUGAUCGUUCAAAAUUAUGUUUAUAUACAUUAAAUGGAAAAUUAAUGAGACAAGCAAUAUUUGAAGAUGAAACUAUUCAAUGUAUGGUUUUAAAUAUUGAUAGUCAAUAUACAGUUAUUGGUGGUGAUCGAGGUUUUGUACAAAUCAUUCGAACACAUGAUUUACAACCUGUUUAUGCUUAUCCACACUGUGAUGCUAGUAUUCGUUCAUUAGCAAUAAAUCAUGAUCAAAAAUAUAUCAUGGCAGGUCUUUCUACAGGUUGUUUGAUUGUAUUUAAUGCUAAUUUUAAUGUUCUUAAUCAACCUUGA